AUGACGAGUACUUGUUCGCCACCGCAAAAGAAACUCAGCCGAGCAACAAGCCUCGAUUCACCUCCUGAAAAGACCAUCUUCAGAAUCGACACCGUCGAUCUCGACAUUCCUGCGUCGCCGAUUGUUCCGGACACACAAAGUCAAGCGGAAUCCGAAUAUGUGGCUCCGUCGGUUCUGUUUCCUUCAAUGCGACUUAUGCUUGCGGCGAUGCUCUGUUGUUGCUUCAUUACUCUCUCAAUUUCAUCGUCCAAUCUUGCCGUUGCCCUUAUUUGUAUGACAUCAUGCCCAGUUCACGGAUACGGUGGAACACUUCAAUGGGAAUCACAACAGGAAGGAUUGGUUCUGGCGGCCCAAAACGCUGGAUCACUGUUGACUAUUGUCACAGGAAUGUGGGCAGAUCGGCUGAACGGAAAAUGGAUGGUAUUCAUGGGACUAUUUCUUUGUUGUAUUGGUAAUCUGAUGCUUCCAAUACUAGCGGCGGCUUCAUUCUGGUGGGCAGUACUGGCUAGAAUUGCCAUCGGCGCUAGUGACGCAUGUCUGAUGCCGGCGGUGAAUUCUCUCAUCACUAGAUGGUUUCCACAAGCAGAACGACCCGCCGCUAUUGGAAUCAUCUCUGGCGGACGUCAAAUCGGAACUCUUUUCAUUCUGCCGACCGCUGGCUAUUUAUGCACUCGAAAAGAUGUAUUGGAUGGAUGGCCGGCGAUCUUUUAUCUCUCCGCUGUCAUUUCAAUAAUGGUCACAAUCUUCUGGAUUCCAUUUGGAGCGGAUAAACCGGCAAAACAAAUGUGUAUUUCCGGAAGAGAAAAAGAAUUCAUCGAAUCUCGAAUUGCUUGUGAAUCGAUUGGAAAAAGAACCGAUCGCACACGAAGAGUACCAUACGGCGCGAUGGUUCGAUCAAAACCGCUUUGGGCUUGUAUUUUCGCUUUAAUUUGUCACGAAUAUCCGCUGGUAAUAAUGCUUCAAUUCCUACCAAAUUAUAUGAGGGAUGUUCUUGAAUUCGCUCCAACCAAAAAUGGAAUCGUCGCAGCUCUGCCAAUUCUUUGCCUAUUCCUAUCAAAAACCUUUUCUUCAUCGCUUUCUUCAUAUCUUACCACAAAACUUCACUUCGACAAAACUUUCGUUUGCAAAAUUUUCAACGGCGUUGCUUCAGCAGGAUUAGCGCUUUGUAUUUUUAUGGUGCCUUUGUUCAACAAGGAUAGCGCAUUUUUGGCUGUUGUCUGCCUCUGUGGAGCAAUGACAUUUGCUGGGCUUCACACACCGGGUGUUAUCACAGCAAUGGUUCAAUUGGCUCCAGCAUUUUCUGGAAUCAUCACUGGAUGGUCGUUUUUUGCAGUUGCUUGGUUCUCGAUUGGAAAUAAAAUUCUCACAAAGCAGAUUGUGCAAUCCGGUUCUGUUGCCGAGUGGGGAAUGGUUUUUCGCGUGUCGGCACUUGUUGCAGCUCUUCCCGUUAUUGUGUUCACGAUUUGGGGAUCCGCUGAUCGCGAAUGGUGGGCAGCGCCUUCUUCAAAAUGCUCCGUAGCUUCAUUUCACAAAAGUAGCAUUCGAGAUAGGAGUCGCGAGAUUUCUCGUGCUACUUCGUCAACAUCGUUGGGAACCCAAUCACAGAAAUCGGAGAAAUCAAACAAUAAAAUUGGAAAAUGA